AUGGCAAAGAAUCUAUGGCAAAACCAGACAACUGUUUCUGAAUUUAUCCUCUUGGGAUUUGGAGAUCUUGCAGAACUGCAGGUUCCUCUCUUUCUGCUAUUCUUAGUGAUCUACUUGGUAACUAUUGCUGGGAAUCUUCUCAUUGUUCUGUUAGUUGUAGCUGAUCGACACCUACACACCCCUAUGUACUUCUUCCUGGGAAAUCUCUCUUUCUUGGAAUCCUGCUGCAGUUCCACGGUCCUGCCAAAGAUGUUGUCAAACCUCUUGACUGGGAGGAAAAUUAUAUCUUUCAAAUCUUGUUUCAUACAAUAUUUCCUUUUUGCUUGCCUGGGCGGUACUGAAUGCUACCUCCUCUCCAUGAUGUCCUAUGACAGGUAUUUAGCAAUAUGUGAACCACUCCGUUAUGUGGUUCUUAUGAAUCGCAAGUUUAGCUUCCAGCUAGCAGUUGUGUCUUGGGUCAGUGGAGUCUUCGUUAGCACAACCUUAACUUUGAAAGUAUCAUGGUUGUCCUUCUGUGGCCCUAAUGAAAUUGAUCACUAUUUUUGUGAUGUUACCUCUGACAUAAGGUAUCUCUCAUGUAGUGACACUACUUCGUUUGAACUAUCCUCAUUAAUAUUCACUUUUGUAUUCACUCUGCCUCCCUUUGUCCUCACCCUGUUGUCUUACAUUUCCAUCAUAGUUUCUAUCCUCAGGAUCUCAUCCACUACUGGGAGGCAAAAAGCUUUCUCUACUUGUUCCUCACACCUCACUGUAGUUGCCUUAUAUUAUGGAACCCUGAUGCUUGUCUAUCUGCUACCCAGAUCCAAGAACCUAACGGAAGUGAAGAAAGUCUUCUCCCUCUUCUACACAGUGCUGACCCCCAUGGUCAAUCCCUUCAUAUACAGUCUACGGAACAUGGAAGUGAAAGAGGCCUUGAGAAGGCAGUUAAGAAUAAUUUCAACCUUUCUAAGAGAGUGGCAUUCACCACUCCUGUUUUUAAAAUGA